AUGGGGGUUUCUGGGGCUGCAGGGCUAGAGGCCCAGCUGCGCGUGCUGCUGCGGCGGCUGCUGACUUAUGAGAAGCAGCAGCAAACAGCAGAUGAAAUAAUUCAAAGUCUUACCGCCUCCAUUGGGGACAGAAGGUACUUGGAGGGAGACCACCUGAGGACGCUGCUUCUUGACCCGCAGUUGCAGGCGCGCUGCUUGGCCUCUUACAACUCGCGGCUGCUGCAGCAGCAGGCUCGCCUGGAGUGUCUGCAUAGUGACCUGGAAGAAACAGUUGCUGAGAUGCAGAAGGCGACGCAGGCGUGUAGAGAAGCAGCAGCAGCAGCAGCAGGUAGUGCUGGUACUGCUGCUGCUGCUCCCGUAGCUGCUGGUUCUCAACCUGCAGCAGCAGCAGCAGCAGCAGCAGCAGCAGCAGACCCUAAUGAAGCGGCUAUGAUGGCUGACAUAGCCGGUUUGAUGGAGCCUAUUGCUGCUGCUUUUGCCCGCCAAGUGGCACUGCAGCAGCGCCUGCUGACCAUGAUGCACGACAUUCAGUGUACAGACAGCCAAGAACUGCAGCGGCUGCUGCUGCUGUUCCACGUGAGGCCCUGCGAGUACCCUCUGCGCAAAGCGGGGUGUAUAGACGCUGCUGUGGCAGCUCUGCGGCAGCUGCUGCGCAUGCAAUGA